AUGUUGCCGCCAGGACCACCAACAGACGCCCGCACGUCUGUGCCGCCCCCCGAGCGCCGCCUUCCUCGCGAGACCUGGCAGCUUGGCGAAUUUGUCCUACCCCCACUCCCCGAUUCGAGAGUGUACGAUGAGAGCCGUAUUCAUUGGGCUGCGCGAUACGCCAGCAUUGAAUGGUCCGAGAAGACCGCUGCUGGAGAGAGCAUCGACCCCACCUGCUUCAACCUUGCCAUACUGGACAAGCGAGUCUACGGUUCACGCCCCACGUUCGCAUCGUUUUUCGACUGGUCCACAUGGUCUAACAAUGUUAUACGGUGCUGGUACUGGACAGCGUACCGCCAGCUCCCCAACCACUCGAACAUUCCUUCGUUCGACGAGACGUACUUUGCCCUUCGCCCAGCCGUGACUACCCUGUUCAGAAGAGUAACAGACGCACGCAUGGCACCCGCAGGGGAUCCUCCGCGCUACGAUCGAGCCCUGCUUGGGCGCUUCGACCCGAACUGUCGCCCUGCUCCUCCUGUUGUUCGGUACGUCCAACGUUUGAGGUUUCGCGACAGUGAGGAGCCAUCGGAGGAGCAGAUACAGAGGUUGGAGGAGGCAUCGAGCGCUAGACGAGGGAGGCGAAGGUUCAACGUCGUGCGCACUGUGGAGCUACCUCCCCUCGAUGUUGACAUGAGCGUCCACGAGCUCGGCAAUGAUAAUGUGGCCCCCAACACUUGA